AUGUCUCAUCGUAAAUUUCAUGCCCCACGGCAUGGGCACAUGGGAUUCUUACCUUGCAAACGAAGCAAGAGGCAUAGGGGGAAGGUGCGAACAUGGCCUAAAGACAAUCCCAGCUACCCUGUCCACCUGACUGCCUUCAUGGGAUACAAAGCUGGCAUGACUCACACCCUGAGGGAGGUGAACCGUUCUGCCCUCAAGAUAUCAAAGCGAGAGGAAGUUGAAGCUGUUACCAUCAUCGAGACUCCACCUGUCAUCAUCGUGGGGAUUGUUGGAUACAUUAAGACUAUCCGUGGCUUGCGCACUCUGAAAACCAUCUUUGCUGAGCAUGUCAGCGAUGAGUGCAAGCGCAGAUUUUACAAAAAUUGGUACAAGAGCAAGAAGAAGGCCUUCACCAAGUACAGUAAGAAGUGGCAGGAUGGGACAGGAAAGCAACAGCUGGAGAAGGAUUUUAACAUGAUGAAAAAGUACUGUUCGCUCAUCAGGGUUAUUGUUCACUCUCAGAUGAGACUGUUGCCCUUCCGUCAGAAAAAGGCUCACAUCAUGGAAGUGCAGCUAAAUGGUGGCAGCAUCUCAGAAAAAGUGGAUUGGGCAAAGGAGCAUUUGGAGAAGGCUGUACCCGUAUCUGCUGUCUUUUCCCAGGAUGAGACAAUUGAUGUCAUUGGUGUCACCAAGGGUCGUGGAUUUAAAGGUGUGACAAGUCGUUGGCACACAAAGAAGCUUCCCAGGAAGACACACAAGGGGUUGAGGAAAGUGGCUUGCAUUGGAGCCUGGCAUCCUGCCCGAGUGAGCUACACCGAAGCUCGCGCUGGUCAGAAAGGUUAUCACCAUCGCACCGAGAUCAAUAAGAAGAUCUAUCGCAUUGGAAGCGGUGUUCACAUCCAGGACGGAAAAGUGAUCCGAAACAAUGCUUCCACAAACUAUGAUGUCAGCCAGAAAACCAUCACCCCCAUGGGAGGAUUUCCCCACUACGGUGAAGUGAAUAAUGAUUUUAUCAUGGUGAAAGGCUGCGUUGUCGGGACUAAGAAACGCAUCCUUACCCUCAGAAAGUCUUUGAUCAUACAUACAUCACGCAAGGCCAAGGAGGCCGUUGAGCUCAAGUUCAUCGAUACCACUUCACAAUUUGGUCACGGGCGCUUCCAGACUGCCCAGGAGAAGAGGGCAUUUAUGGGGCCUCAGAAGAAAGAUGCUCUGAAAGCAAUGCCAGAACCUCUGCCAGAAGAAGCAUGA